AUGUCGCAGCACACUCUUCUUUCCUCGUGCUACUGCACCAACGAGAAAAAUACGGAAAAAUUCAAGGUUUUGCACAGCGACGUGCUCGGACGUUAUGCAGUUGCCUCAUGUGACAUCGCGGAAGACGAAUUAAUCCACGAAGAACUCCCGUUCGCCGUCGGUCCAAAAUCCGAUAGUCGCGUCGUUUGUCUCGAAUGCUUCUGCCCGCUCGAUGGAAGUGCCUCCGGAGCUCGUUGCGAGUACUGCGAAUGGCCUUUGUGCCUAAGUUGCAAUGCCGCCUCCUCCCGAAAUGCCGGUUUGAAGUAUCACGAAGCCGAAUGUCAGGUUUUUUGGGAGAACGGAGUCAAAUUUCAAAAUGUUGCCGACUCGACGAAGCCUUGUCCGCAAUUUGAGUGCAUCACGCCACUGCGAGUUUUGUUGGCAAUCGAAAAAAAUCCAAAAUUCUUCGAGCAGCAAGUCAGUUUGAUGGAAUAUCAUGACGUGGCGCGACGUGCGAGCGCUUUUUGGGAUGCCGAUCAACAAAAUAUCGUCAAUUUUCUGCUGACGCGAUGCAAAUUCGAGGGAAGGUUCGCACGGGAGCUCAUCGAACGCGUCAUUGGCGUCUUGGAUAUCAACGUUUUUGAAGCGCGAACGGAAACGGGACAUCCUCUGAGGUGCUUGUACCCGAUUUUUGGCGUUGUAGCGCAUUCGUGCGUUCCAAAUACGUCACAUUCGAUCAAAGCGAGCGAAGGAUUCAAGUUACGAGCGUUUUCGACGCAAAAAAUCCAAAAGGACGAAAGUAUUUUCGCUUGUUAUACUUUUACACUCGCAACAACGCACUGUCGACAGCGUCACCUGCAAAAAAGUAAAUAUUUUACGUGUCUUUGUGAGAGAUGUCGAGACCCGACGGAGCUUGGAACGCAAUUGAGUGCUUUUAAAUGCAUUCGAUGCAAUUCUGGUUAUUUAACGUCGAAAAAUCCUCUCGAUCCAAGCGUUGAUUGGAGAUGUAAUGAAUGCGCGGCGGAAAGAUACGGUCCUGAUAUCAACCGAUGCGUGGAUUUGAUGCAAACGGAAAUUGAUAAUUUGUUUGAGAAGGAAAAUCCGUAUGCAAUUACCGAUGAACUUGAGAGCAUGUAUAAUGCGUACAAGAAUGUGUUGCAUGACGGGCAUUUUAUUAUGCAGACCAUUAGAUUUCAUCUGGUUUCGUUGUACAGCAAUAGCGGCGAAGGAGAGGAAGAUGUCAAUGCGCUGCGGAGGAAAAUUGAGUUUUGUGAUAUUUUGUUGAAGCUCCUCAAAACAAUCGAACCCGGCAAAACUCGCACCCGCGCCGAACUUCUGAACGAAAAAUGUGGCGCUCUCCUUGCCGUCUCUCAACUCGACUUCAAAAACGGCUCCCUGGAUCAAGUCGACUUCAACAAAAAUCUCACCGCAAUGCUAAAAAUGCUCGAAGAAUGCAUCUUAAUCUGGAAACGCGAGGAUCCUGAAUCGCAAGAAGGCUCCAUGAUCCGUUCUACGCAAGAAACGCGGGAAAAAAUCAACAAAAAAAUCAACGAAUUACGAAUUUAGCAAGAAAAAUGACAAAAAUCUAGAAAAACAAAAAUAAAAUUGACCCAAAUAAUUAAGAUUAAAGUGCAAUUCAUGC